AUGGAGGACGUCAUGGAUAAUCAAAUUCUAAAGGCCGGUGACAGCUUUAGCUUAUCUCCGGCCACAUCUAGACUGGCUGGACCACUCACGCGCCAUCGAUGGGGAUACGAGGUAGAUCGUGACACGUCGAGUGAACCCUACUGCCCUCCUGCAACAAUAUUCCCUGUGAUGGGUCCAAAAGUCUCCACCCUCGAUACGACGGAGCCCAAUUUGAUGUUUGGGUCUGGCACAACGGAGCCCAGCCCAGCCCACACACCCGCUGGUGGGGAGGGAUCUUUGCCUCAUCUGGCUGUGUGGAUAGACAGUGAGUGGAUUCUGCUGGUCAGCCACGGGCGGACCAGCACACAGGCCGAAAUGCCGACCUCCCGACCGUGUGUUCUUUUCUUCACGGUCCCCAUCUCCCUAAUUCCGUUCCGUCUUCCUGAUCCAGGUGAUGGAUACUGUCAGCCCCCCUUUCAAGACUCCAAAGCAAUUGUCUUGUCUGGCAAUAAUCAUCCAAAUACUGGGAAGGCCAGUGACACCCAAACGGUAGUCAUCGCGGGCCACCAACACACACUUCCCCAGAACAUCUGCAUGCAGCGCUCACAUCAGGGUGUGGAUUUCGACAAAAACGACUUUUCGUGCUUGUCCUAUUGGCACAAAGUACUCAGUGACUUACGGAGAACAACUCUCGGAGUUACUCUAAUGGCCAUGGGGCCCGGUAUCUAUCUACAUAAGGGGUCCAUUCUAGCAAUGCCGAAUGCCGAUGCAACGGUUCUUGCGAUCCCCGGGGGCCGCGCGAUUUCUUGUGCUGUGCUUCUUACGAGGUCAUAUGCCAUAGUCCAUAUGCCAUUCGGCCAAGUUGCGAAUGCAAGGACGGGAUUAUCAAAAAGCAAAGAGCUACUAUUACCUCCGUACAAGAUAGGGCUAUCCAGGUGGCAAGAGCAUGAUUGCCACAAAGUAUUUCGUUUUCGCUUCCACACUUGGGUUAAAAGCGCUGAAUCAGCGGCUUACGGAAUCGGCACGGAAGCCCCAAGCUCCGCGGAGACCGACCCGAGCUUCUUGUCAGCUUCGGAGCGGUUGUUCGCCUUAACUCCACGUUUCGGACUUGGCGUAUUGUCAUCCGGCACUAGUUGGCAGUAUGUUAUGGAACUUGGUCCCUGCAGCCGUUCAACGGUCAGACUUGUUGGAUCUCGCAAGCCCUUCCGAAUGAGUCAUUUUGUGUCAGAUAUCCAUCAUUUCUGCGGGGACCCUUUCGGCGAUGGGGAAGAGAGCGACCUCGAUAGGACCUCGAAUAUUCCUUGUGUAAUGGGCGGGAAUGAGGAAGUGGGAUGCCGCGACUAA